AUGUUUGUAAUAGUACCUCCACAAAUGAACGCAAUCGUUAGCACUACCGUUUUAGUAAUUUGUCUCUUACCAGCCUUCUCUCUUGCAGACUCUGGUGAGAUUACACCCAGACCACUUUCUGCCGUCAAACGAUUGGGACUCGCCACGCAUGUUUCGGCAAAAAAUCCAAAUUUUUUGAGGUAUUUUGGCACGAACGAUGAGCUGGAGGCUAUUUGGAAUAAAGCGAUACAAGGAGCUCAAAUAAUGGAUGGGCUUGAGUCGAACAAAAUCCCGAACUGCGCAUUAUUGCCAAUGGGAUGCAGAAUUGGUGAUCGGUCACCAUUGUGGAGGAACAAGAACUUAAAGAAAAAUCUGCUCAGUUGGAAUUCAUUCCUUAACUAAGUGGAAAUAAAGCUCUGUUUGAGUUAGUUAUUCUUGCAAGAUUGAAAAUUUAGAUUUUUUCGUAUCACUGUCAUAAGUUACAACCAUUAUCGCAGUUCAAAUCUCCAUGAAUAAAAGUUAGUUAUUGUUAGACAUAGUUUUUUAUAAUGCUUGAUUGGCUUUUCCACUUACUUCCUCUAAUCAUUCUCUUCAAGAAUCUGUUCAGAAAAUCAGCUCUAAAAACACUAACAAAACCUAAGUCAUGCUUGCUGAUUGCAGAAUUUACUUCUGUGCAGAUGCACCUUUUUGUGCAAGAACG